AAUUUCUUGCCAUUCUUAACAGUGUUUUUACAGAUGUCAUCUUCAGCAUUUGAAGUGAAAGAUCAGAGUGGUAAAAUCUGCAUAAUAGCUAAUCUGUCAGCAUCCUUCUCAGUGAAAUACCCGACUAAGAGCCAGUAUAAGGUGGCAAACUUCACACUUGGACACAAUGCUCAUGUACUGGAAAAGGGAAGCACUUGUGGUACAGAGAAUGCUUCGACUCCUGUACUGGUGAUUGGUUUUGGAGAGGGACACUCGUUAAAAAUGAAUUUCACAAAGACCUCAGAGCAGUAUGGUGUUGACACGCUAAUGUUCCGUUACAAUUUGUCCGAUACAGCUACAUUCCCCAACUCAACUGGAGGAGAAAAGGAGGUUUCGCAAAAAACUGAUAUUCUGGCAGAAAUUGACACAAGAUACAGAUGUUUUAGUACCAACCAGAUUAAUAUGUUGAAUGUGACCAUAACACUUAGCAAUGUUACUCUUCAAGCAUAUCUUAUGAAUCAUACCUUAAGUAAAAAUGAAACUCUGUGUAAAAAAGAUUUGCCACUCUCUACUACUGCAGUCACGACAACCACUAGGCAGGCACCUACGACAAGCCAAGCACCAACAUCCCCUCCACAAAACCCAACGAUUGGAAAAUAUAAUGUGACUGGUAGAAAUGGGACCUGUGUACUUGCUAAUAUGGGGCUGCAACUUAAUGUCACGUAUUCAAGAAAAGAUGGAAAGACUGGAUUGGUUGUGCUGAAUUUUGAUCCUGUGAAUACAUCUUUCUCUGGGAGCUGUGACAAUUCUUCUGCCUUUCUGAACCUGAUUUUUGGGAAAACUAGACUUGUGUUCCAUUUUCUAUUGAAUACAAGUACCGACAAGUUUUUCCUGCAAGGUGUCAUUGUGAACACAACUUUGCCUUCUGAAGCUAAAGAACCAAAGUUGGAUGCUUUUAACAACAGCAUGAGUGAACUGAGAGCUACAGUUGGGAACUCCUACAAGUGCAAUAAGGAGGAGAAACUUUGGGUCACCGACCAGGUCUUUGUCAACUUAUUCAGUGUUCAGGUUCAGGCUUUCAAGAUUGAUGGAAACAAAUUUGGAACAGUGGAAGAAUGUCAACAGGAUGGAGAUAACAUGGUGAUCCCUAUAAUAGUUGGUGCUGCCCUUGCUGGACUUGUCCUGAUUGUCUUGAUUGCUUAUUUGAUUGGUAGAAAGAGAAGUCAUGCUGGAUAUCAAACAAUCUAAUGACUUUCACUUAAAUGAAUCCAGUGGUUAAUUAAAAAGCAGUUGCAAGAAGUGGAUAAAUUUCCCCUAAACUGAGAUUCCUUAUAAGGGAGCACAGUCUCGCAAAAUGCUUCUUGUUAAAUUGUGCUUUAUUAAAUGAUUCCAUCAUGCAGCAUUUAGCUACGCACAAAGGAAUAACUUCUCAAAUUCUGGUGUUUAAUUUUGCUAACUGGUUAAAUAUUUACCCACUUAGAAACAAGCUAAAGUUUUAAGAGUGCUUUUCUGAAUUGGCAUGAAUUUCAUGUCCGGUAGACCUAUUCCAGACUGGUGUGUAGUUAAUUCAUUCACUCACUUACCUUCAGAUUAAAGUCUAACAAAGGGAAGCUUUCACUCUUGGUUCUACUAGGAUCCUGUGAUGAAGUCAGUAAUUCUUCUGAUGGUGCAUUUAAAGUAAUGACUGACAAAUCUAUGUAAAAAAUUAAUCCCCCUUAUGUGUGUGUUACUAAGCAUUAAACCCAGCAUGCCAGGCAUAUGCAGGGUAUGAAACAUGCAAUAGUCAACCUUAUAGGAACUCAUUUACAAUUGGGCAAUUCCCUACUUGAUAUUUUUGAUGCUCUGCCAGUUUGUUCAGAGCUGGAACUUUUUUAAAUACAAAAUGGAUGUUUACUUUUUUUUGUAAAGUGAAUUUCAGUCUUUUCUGCAGCUAUGUACAAGAUGAAUUUAAUCUGAGUUUCUUGCUUUAAACUUGGUUGGGGUUGUACACUUUAAGGAUCAGUUAUGUAUGCAUUGCCUAUAACAAUGCUAAUAAAGACUUUUUUCUGUA